GCGUGAGUUCGGUCCUUUCUGCUCCUCACCCCUUGCCAGCUCCCACCCAGAAGGCGCCCCAGGCAGCCUACAGCAUGAUCUCCAUCACCGAAUGGCAGAAGAUUGGUUGGGCACCACUGGCUUCGGCAUCUUCUUCAUCCUCUUUGGAAUACUCCUGUACUUUGAUUCGGUGCUCCUGGCCUUCGGAAACCUCCUGUUCCUGGCCGGCCUCUCCAUCAUCAUGGGCCUGAGGAAGACACUUGCCUUUUUCUUCCAGAGGCACAAGCUCAAGGGGACCAGCCUCUUCCUGCGGGGUGUGGUCAUUGUGCUCCUGCGCUGGCCCCUCCUGGGCAUAUGCCUGGAAACCUACGGAUUCUUUAGCCUCUUCAAGGGCUUUUUCCCUGUGGCCUUUGGCUUCCUGGGCAAUGCCUCCAACAUCCCCUUCCUGAGUGCGCUGUUCCGGAGGCUUCAAGGCACAAGCUCAAUGGUCUGAACAGCAGAGAUGAGCUCCUUGAAGUUGGAUCAUUGGUUGACGGGCUGGAAAAGAAAUGGGGCCCAACCCCUCA